GGAGCAAAACUAGCAAAAAUAACACAAGCGUUAGCCUACCAACACGUAAAAAACAUAUCUCACUUAACGCAGCGAACAACAACAAAAAAUAACCUCGACAUGGCCAGAUACCAGUAUGCCUCGAAAGAAGCAUCUAAAAACGUAGAAUCAGACGAAACAAUAUGGAAAGGAUGUAGAAGAAAAGAGAUACAACGAACGAUACAACAAUUCUUAUUCAAAGCAAUCCACGGUACCCAUAAUAUUUAA